AUGACCAAUUAUCGAACAGAAUUACGUAUACCUGUUGAACGAAAUAAUAAAUCAAUAAUCAAUGAUGAUUACUUUACAUUUGAUGAUAAUUCAAUGUUAACAUUAAAUGACAAUUGGAAAUAUAAUAAUAGUAAUAAUAUAAAUAAUUGGGAUUCACGUAGUCGUCAUACAUCAAGUAAUGAAUAUAUUUCACAUGAUAUCCCAUGGAAUAAACGUUUACGUACAACUUCUGCUGAUCCUACAAGAUAUACCAAUGUAGAUUAUCUAUAUGAUGAUAUGAAACGUAGAAUGGAAGAACGUCGUAGACGAUGGAAUGAAGAAUUUAAAUUAUUGAAUAAUGAUAUGCUAUUACCUAGUCGAUUAAAAAGUUCAAAUGAUAUAUUUAGUAGUAGAGAAACAAUUAAUUCUCCGAAUUCACAUGAUAUUAUAUCAAAAAAUCCUUCAUCAAGUGGUUAUGAACAAUUUCCAGAUGGAAGUGUACAUUUUGUAUCAAAUUUUAAUCUUUCUGGUUAUGAUCCAGAAUUACUUAAAGUAUUUGUACGUGAUGGUAAAUUAAUGGUAGUAGCUAAAACUGAACAUAAUCAUUCUACUAACAGUCUUAAUACAACUAUAAAUACAAAUAAUACAAAUAAUAAUUCUAUAUCAUCUUUUCGUGAAUAUACUCAUUCAUUAAAUUUACCUCCAGGUGUAGAUGAUGAAAAACUUUCUGCUGUUUUAUCACUUAAUGGUGUAUUAACUGUUAGUUGUCCUAUGAAACCACCAUCAUUUUCAUCAUCAACAAAUUUACAAUCACCAUAUUCUGAAAAUUUAUCAGAUUCAUUUUGGAAUAAUCAUCAUCAAUAUUAUCGUCAUCAUUAUCGAUCACCAAUUAUGAAACCACAGCAACAAUAUUCACGAAAAAUUGACUUGAAAUCACCUAAAUCCAAUUAUUCUUCACGUUCUUCACAUUCAGAUUAUGAUAUUAUAUCACGUGAUCAACAAGACUAUCAAAGUCGUCAUCCUUCUUCCUCAAUUCAACUACAACAACAACAACAACAACAACAACAACGAAAACAUAGAUUUCGUUUAGAACUACCAAUUGAUUCAGAAUAUUCACCAGGAGAAAUACAAAUUAAAACUUUGAAUCGUCGCAUUUAUAUUAAAGCACGUCAUGAAGAACGAGCUCCUAAUCGUACUUCUGUAAGAGAAUUUUCUAAAGAAUACGACAUUCCAGAUAAUAUUGAUCCAGAAAGUCUCACUGCUAAAUUUAGUAAUGGAAUAUUAUAUAUUGAAGAACCAAUUGUUUAA